AUGGAUGAAAAUAAUAGGUUAAAAAAAAAUAUGAACAAAGAGAACAAUAGUGUUCAUGCAGCAGAAAAUGGAAAAAUGAACGAAAUGAGAAAUGUGGAAAAUGAAGAAAAGAGUUUUUAUAUUGACAAAUUAAAUGCACAUGUUAAUGAAAAAAGUACAUAUUGUUAUGAUAACGUGAAAGAAAAUAUAUCAGAUGAUAGAAAAAGGAGUGAGGUAAUAACUAUUACUCAGAGAUUUCCUCUCAUUAUUAAUAGUGACGUUUCAACACCGAAGAGUGAGAUUUACGAGUUGGAUAUACAAAAUAAAAAUUAUGAGAACAAUAGAAAUGUAUAUCAUCAAUUGUUAUCUACCCAAUAUAGUAAUGUAACGGAUAAAGGUAUAAAGAAGCAAUUCCUUCCACAUAUAGGAUCAGUUCAAGGAGCUGUAUUGAAUAACAUAAAUACAGAUACCUUGAGUAGUUAUACUAUCUAUCAAGGGUGUGGGGAGGAAUAUAUUCUAAAAAACUCAACUGGAAUUAGUGAAAAUAAUUCUAUAUCAAAUUAUAGUUUCCAUGGAGGAAUUAUUUCAAAUGAUUUAAUAAAUAGAGAAAUACAUAGACAAGGAGAAUUUUCGAAAGUUGAUCAUAGCAAUAGAAUUUGUAAUUAUGAGAAUUCAGUUACCAGCCCUAACACUGGACAUUGUCAUCUUAAGGAAGUUUAUAUAAACAGUUUACACCCUUCAUCUAGCGAUAUGAACAACAACUGCUUUGCUCACAUUCCCCAGGAGGAAAAUAAAACAAGACAACAUCGUGACUCUGUGAGGAAUUGUGUACCCAUAAAUAAUGAGCAUAUGGGGAAACAGACAAAUAGAAAUUUGGUAUGUGCAAAAAAUGUAUUCAUUCAAAACAAGUUAAAUAUGAAUGAAAGAAUGAAGAAUAUAAAUAAUUGCAGUAAUAUCAGGCUUCAAAAAGAAUCGUACAUUACACAUGAUAAUUAUAUGAUAAUGAGGAAUAUCAUGAAUGAUUAUGAUAAUUCUGUGAAAACCCAUGAAUAUUUGAUCCCAACUCAAUGUGCUAACUCUGUCGAUUCUGUAAGACAUAUGCAUCAUAAUAUUUUCCAUUCCCAUCCAAAAAAUGCAUCAUCGCGUGAUGCUAAUUAUGUUACUUUUAAUUCUGAAGGAAACAAUAGCAUACCUCAUAAAGGUACUAGAACAAGAAGUUCUUUACUUUUAAAAAAUUGUAUUUCUUACAAAUUUCCAAAUGAACAUUCUUCUUAUGAGGAUCCCAAUGGAUACAAGUACAUUCAGCAGUUCAACAUGAACAGAAAUAUAAUGCAUGGAAUGCCACAAGAGAAGGAAAAAAAUAAAUGUGUCUUGGAGAAAAGGAUACAACCAGACCAUAUAGUAGGUGUUGUGCACCCAAGUAAUGAAUACAAAAUGAAAAAUGCUAAAUUAAAUGAGGGGGAGAAUAUAGGUUUGUAUAAACAAAAAGGUCACAAAGUAUUUGUGAAAAAUAUAUCCCUUCGAAAUGAUGAGCAGAACGUUCCCAAAAAGUGUGUUGUCAAAAAUAAGGUUAGGAGAAACAGCCUGAAGAAUCAUAGCGACAAAAUAAACAAAAAUAAUAAUUUAAAAUUUGUCAUUCCAGUGAAUACUCCUUCAACACAUGAAAAUGAUGGGGACCCAAGUGAAGGGGAAAAAAAUAAAAAAAAAAAAAAAAAAAAAAAAAACUGCAAACAGGAAUAUGAACAGGAGCAUGAAGAAAAAAACAUGGAAGACAUGAAAAAUGUGCACAGUUUUUUUAGAGAAGGUAACGAACAUGAAAAGAACGCAGAAAGAAGUGUUAGAAAUAUCCAAAACACACAAACGGUUUAUAUGGAGAAAAAUGAGAAAAAUGAGAAAAAUACUCGGGAAAAAGAAAUUGGUGUAAUGAGUGAAGAUAGCUUAAACAGACGAGAAGGAGGAGGAGAUCCAUGUGAAUUGUAUCGUCACAAGGAAAAGAAAGGUAAUUCAUGGAAAAAUGGAAAAAAUAAUUAUUACACGAAGAAAGGGAAUUUAAGCUACAGUGGCUUGUUAACAUCCAUGGUGUCGUCUAUUCUGACACAACAAAAUGAAAGAAAAUCACAAGAGAUAAAUUGUUUUAAUUAUUCCUGGAAGGGAAAUGAAUAUGAUUAUACAAUGCUUCAUCAACAGGAGGAGAAAAACGUAGGUGAAAAUAACGAAGAAGAAGUAAACAAAGCGGAAAUAAACAAAGAGGAAAUAAACAAAGAGGAUUAUAAUAAAUACAUGAUUUCCAGCACACUGAUUCAACAAUUGAGGGGUAAAACAACAAAUGAACAUAUACUACAACUAACGUUAAUAUUGAUGAUAUGUAUAUCGGUUUUGUGUAAUUAUGAUCAUGGUGCUAUACCUGUUACAUUGGAAGAAAUUCAAAAGGAUUUCCCAUUAAGUUACAUUGAACAAUCAUUAUUAGGUAGUCUAGUCUAUUUUGGUUUAAUAAUUGGAACAAUAAUAGCUAGUGUUCUUUUUGAAUUGGUGACAGCAAAAUUAUUGGUUACAAUUAGUACCCUUUUACUAUCUAUAUCUUUGUACAUAUUUAGUCAUGCAAAUUGUAUUACCUUUAUGUAUAUAUCAAGAUUUGUAAAUGGUUUAUGUCAAGCAAUUCCAGUUGUUUAUCUACCAGUCUGGGUAGAUGAAUUCUCUCCACGUGAAAAAGCUACCCAAUGGAUGUCUUAUAUACAAUUAGCUUCCAUAGGAGGAACUGUAUUUGGAUAUUUCUUAGGUGGAAUUUUAUCAAACAAUUCUUAUUCGUACAGUAAUCAAAAUUCUCCUUUUUCUAAUGUUACCUUUUUUACCACCUGGAGGUCUCCCUUUUUGAUACAAGCAUUUUUGUUGAUUCCAUUGUUUUUUAUUAUGAUUUUCAUCCCAUCAGAUAUGAUAAAUAUUAGUUCUAGUGCAAGUGUGAAUAGCGAAAGUGAUGAAGAGGGGAUAACAACUGCAAAUCUUACGAUGAGUACUAUCAAUAAUGUAAGCAGAAAUGAAAUAAAAAAACAAAUCAAAGACAAAAACAUUACCUUGCAAAAUGAUAUGUAUGAUAAUACGUAUCAAGAAGGAUAUAACCAAAAUAUACACCAAUUUGACUCUGUAAAGGGAUAUUCAAAAUAUUCUAUGAUGAAUUCAAUGGAAAGAAUAAAAUUUAAAGGUUCCAGGAAAUUCUAUUAUGAAUCUUCAAGUAACACAUUCAAAAGAAAUUUUAAUCGAUCUGCAACUUAUAUUAUGGAGAAAAAAACAAAUGUUUUAAAAAAAACUUUUAAAGAGGUCAAAAAAUUGCUAAACAAUAAAUUAUAUAUUAUUAUAACAUUAGGGAUGAGUAAUUUAUAUUUUGUUGUCACUGGGAUACAGUUCUGGAUUACAGAAUAUAUGUCAGUUGUCUUGUUAACAGAAAAAAUUAAAAUUGUUACAGUAUCUACCUUAUGUUUUUUGACUUCACCCACAUCAGGGGUUUGGUUUGGUGGUUUUGUAUGUGAUUUAUUUGGUGGAUAUAAAAAUACAAAUUAUUCGAAAACUAUUAAAGUUGCCACAGCAUUUGCUAUUUCUGCCUGUAUUUUUGGAAUCCUCUCAGCACACUUGAACAAUUUUAUCUUUUUCUCCAUUUCUCUCUGGCUCUGCCUCUUCACCGGUUCUGCUCUUGUCCCUGUUGCAGUAGGAAUGCUCCUAUCCUGUGUGAAUAAUCACCAAAAGAGCCUAUCUUCAGCAGUCUCGCAAAUUAUAUACAAUGUGUUUGGAUGGUUCUCUGCACCUCUACUAUCCGGAAUUAUUAUGGACAUUAUGCACAAAUACACCAACGACAACCGACUUGCCUUGAAAGCUGGAUUCACCAUGAUUUUAUAUUCCAGUUUUAUAGGCUUUCUACUACUCUUUUAUGCAAAUUUUUUGGAUUUCUCUGAUAAGAAAGAAAACGAUGAAUUAAUAGAACUAGAAGAACCACUGACGUAG